CAGGAGCUGUCAGGGUGAGGUAGGUAACAUCCCAGAACUGAAUGGAGUAGUUAUCUCGUUAUAAUUCUUGAAAACCAACCCACCACAUUCAUUAUAACACUGUAAACAGUAUAAACCUCCAACAAAGCCAUGACAGAGGACCCGAGUGCUCAAACUUGGUCCAUCAACAAGGACGAUUAUGUGCUCAACGAGGUGAUUGGGAGUGGUGCCACGGCUGUGGUGCAGGCGGCCUACUGUGAGCCCAGGAAGGAGAGGGUGGCCAUUAAACGCAUCAACCUGGAGAAGUGUCAGACCAGUAUGGACGAGCUCCUGAAAGAGAUCCAGGCUAUGUCCCAGUGCCACCACCCCAACAUCGUGUCCUACUACACAUCCUUCGUAGUGAAGGACGAGCUGUGGCUGGUGAUGAGGCUACUCAGUGGUGGCUCAGUACUAGACAUCAUUAAACACAUCAUAUCUCGUGGGGAGCAUAAGUCUGGGGUGCUGGAUGAGUCGUCCAUAGCCACCAUCCUUAAAGAGGUCCUGGAAGGACUGGAGUACCUGCAUAAGAAUGGGCAGAUUCACAGGGAUCUGAAGGCUGGUAAUAUUCUUCUCGGGGACGAUGGCUCAGUGCAAAUCGCAGACUUUGGUGUGAGUGCCUUCUUAGCAGCGGGAGGAGAUAUGACCAGAACUAAGGUCAGAAAGACAUUUGUUGGAACGCCAUGUUGGAUGGCCCCUGAGGUCAUGGAGCAGGUCAGAGGUUAUGACUACAAAGCAGAUAUCUGGAGUUUCGGGAUCACAGCCAUCGAGCUGGCUACAGGCGCUGCCCCAUAUCAUAAAUAUCCACCCAUGAAGGUGCUAAUGUUGACCCUGCAGAAUGACCCUCCCUGCUUGGAGACGGGGAUCCAGGACAAGGAGAUGGUGAAGAAGUACGGCAAGUCCUUCAGGAAGAUGCUAUCUCUGUGUCUACAGAAGGAGCCUGAGAAAAGACCAACUGCUGCUGAGCUGCUGAAGCAUAAAUUCUUCACUAAAGCAAAGAAUAAUGAAUACUUGGAAGAGAAGCUCCUGCAGAAAGGUCCAUCGAUAGGAGACCGAUCCAAAAGGGUGCGCCGUGUGCCUGGCUCCAGUGGUCGUCUCCACAAGACAGAAGACGGGGAGUGGGAGUGGAGUGAUGAUGAACUGGAUAUGGAGAGUGAGGAGGGCAAGGCAGCCGUGGCAGCUCUAAGGUCUCCCAGAGUGAAAGAUGGAUCCAUUGAGAUCUUCCCUCCAGAGGAUGGUUCUCCCAGUCUGCUCCGUCCAGGAGGGGCAGGGCACGACAAGCCAGCGGAGGCCACCCUUACCCAGGGAGACGCUGUAGCCCAGGACCCUGUCGCCACCAAAGUCCCCAUCAGCCUGGUGUUGAGGUUGAGGAACUUGAAGAAAGAACUGAACGACAUCCGAUUUGAGUUCAUGCCUGGUAGAGAUUCCUCAGAUGGAGUGUCUCAGGAGUUGGUAUCCGCAGGUCUAGUCGAUGGGAAAGACGUAGUGGUUGUUGCUGCCAACCUGCAGAAAAUUGUUGAUGAUCCUUUCAACAAUAAAAAUGUAACUUUCAAACUGGCAUCUGGCAUAGAUGAGUCGGAGAUCCCUGACGAUGUCAAACUGAUGGGUUUCGCUCAGCUCAGCAUCACUUAACUCAAUAUUCCGUCAACAAAGGAGAGAACAAACAGUAUUGCACAGCAGCAUAGUUCUAAAUUCCAAGACACCACUACUGCCAAAGAAGAGAGCCACAGUGCAUUUGUCAACCUGUAGGGUUAUUUUCUUGACUGAAACCUGCAGUGUUAGUUAAAAUGGGCUCUGAGAAUGGGACCAGUGUAACAAAAAGACAACAGUUAGGACAGGAACAGUAAAUCACACUUGAAAGAGUUUACAGCAGUGUAUCUGGGAGGGAGGACGGUGGGCGUCGCAAUCCACAUAAUCAUCAGACUUAAAAAUAAACAACAAAUGUUUCUUAUUUCGUUUUCUACAUUUAGCUCUACAAUCCAAAACAUAUUCUGAUAUAACUCUUGAGUUUUGGAAGUGAUAACUUACAGUGCCUUCAAAGUAUUCAGACCCCUUGACCUUUUUCCACAUUUUGUUAUGUUACAGCCUUAUUAUAAAAUGGAUGAAAUAAC